AAUAGCUCCCAGCUGCGGCUGUGGUGCUGGCCGAGCUGAGCUGUGGAGUUACUAUCUUUUCCUGCUGGAAAAACUGAAGCAACACAGCGACUUGCCCAGGGUCACACACCAGGCUUGGGACAGAAAUAAUCCUGACUCCUUCUUCCUGGCUGUAACCAGCAGACAAAGCCACCUUAUUACUGUACUAUCAUUCAAAUCUGAAUCAUUUAAAUUGUUCCUAAUUGCAGGCCUACAAGUGAACUGUCAACUCCAUGUGACUAAGACGCCAGGCAAGCCGAGGCACCUGUACGCUGAGGUUGAGCCUGGUCACUGCUCAGGCAGCCCCACGAGCUGCUGGAUUCACCCACAAGGCAUGGAAACUUCGGGGCUGCUGCUGCUUUGAGAGCCCCAGACACACACUUGAAAAGGUCUGUGGAUGGCUCCUGGAAGAUCGUGAUUUUCUCCGGAGGAAAUACUGUUGCCCUGGGCUGGUUUCCUGCCAUACCGUCUCCCGAGUUGACCAUGAGCCGGCCAGACCCUGCCUGUCCCCCUGACCCCAGCUCUGCGCCCCUGUGUGUGGUGUGUGGCCAAGCCCACUCCCCUGAGGAAAACCACUUCUACACCUACGCGGAAGAUGUGGACGAUGACCUCGUGUGCCACAUCUGCCUGCAGGCUUUGCUGGACCCUCUGGACACUCCCUGUGGACACACCUAUUGCACGCUCUGCCUCACCAGCUUCCUGGUGGAGAAGGACUUCUGCCCCGUGGAUCGUAAGCCUGUGGUGCUGCAGCAUUGCAAGAAGUCCAGCAUCCUGGUCAACAAGCUUCUCAACAAGCUGCUGGUGACCUGCCCGUUCCCGGAGUACUGCACCGAGGUCCUGCAGCGCUGUGAUCUCGAGCAGCACUUUCAGACAAGCUGUAAAGGCGCUUCCCACUACGGCCUGACCAAAGACAGGAAGAGGCGCUCUCAAGAUGGCUGCCCGGAUGGCUGUGCGAGCCUCACAGCAGCAGCACUCUCCCCAGAAGUCUCUGCAGCUGCCACCGUCUCCUUAAUGACAAACGAGCCUGGCCUAGACAACCCUGCCUACGUGUCCACGGCCGAGGAUGGUCAGCCAGCAGACGGCCCACUGGACUCUGGCCGGAGCAACCGAACUAGGGCACGGCCUUUUGAGCGAUCCACUAUCAGGAGCAGAUCUUUUAAAAAAAUAAAUCGAGCUUUGAGUGUUCUUCGAAGGACAAAGAGUGGCAGUGUAGUUGCCAACCAAGCUGACCAGGGCAGAGAAAAUUCCGAAGACACCGCUGCCUCCGAAGUCUUCCCAAGGUUGUAUCACCUGAUUCCAGAUGGUGAAAUUACGAGCGUCAAGAUCAAUCGAGUGGAUCCCAACGAAAGCCUCUCCAUUAGGCUUGUGGGAGGCAGCGAAACCCCACUGGUCCAUAUCAUUAUCCAGCACAUUUACCGCGAUGGGGUGAUUGCCAGGGACGGCCGGCUCCUGCCAGGAGACAUCAUCCUGAAGGUCAAUGGGAUGGACAUCAGCAACGUCCCUCACAACUACGCCCUUCGCCUCCUGCGGCAGCCCUGUCGCGUGCUGCGGCUCACUGUGCUGCGAGAGCAGAAGUUCCAAAGCAGGAGCAAUGGACAGGCCCUGGAUGCCUAUGGACCCCGCGAUGACAGUUUCCAUGUGAUUCUCAACAAAAGCAGCCCUGAGGAGCAGCUUGGAAUAAAACUGGUGCGCAGGGUGGAUGAGCCCGGGGUUUUCAUCUUCAAUGUGUUGGAUGGUGGGGUAGCAGACCGACAUGGUCAGCUGGAGGAGAACGACCGUGUGUUGGCCAUCAAUGGACAUGACCUUCGGUACGGCAGUCCCGAAAGUGCAGCUCAUCUGAUUCAGGCCAGCGAAAGGCGCGUUCACCUCGUCGUGUCCCGCCAGGUUCGUCUGCAGAGUCCUGACAUCUUUCAGGAAGCCGGCUGGGACAGCAACGGGAGCCAGUCCCCGGGGCCGGGGGACAGGAGCAAUACUCCCAAGCCCCUCCAUCCUGUGGUCACUUGCCACGAGAAGGUGGUAAGUGUCCGAAAAGACCCCAGCGAAUCUCUCGGCAUGACCGUUGCAGGGGGAGCAUCACAUAGGGAAUGGGAUUUGCCUAUCUAUGUCAUCAGCGUGGAGCCCGGAGGAGUCAUAAGCAGAGAUGGAAGAAUAAAAACAGGUGACAUUUUGUUAAACGUGAACGGGAUUGAACUAACAGAGGUCAGCCGGAGUGAGGCAGUUGCAUUAUUGAAAAGCACAUCCUCCUUGGUGGUCCUGAAAGCUUUGGAAGUCAAAGAACGUGAACCCGAGGAAGCGAGCAGCAGCCCAGCAGCCCUGGACUCCAACCACAACGUAGCCCCGGCCAGAGACUGGUCCCCGUCCUGGAUCAUGUGGCUGGAAUUACCACGCUAUCAGUGAAAGAAAUUACUGUAAAUUAUGUGACAACAGAUACAAAACAGAGUUGAAUUUUACCACUACAUUUUAAAGUUAUCCACCAAAGUCAAAGCUUAUUUUAAGUUGGAAUCAGCAACGUCAUGAAGUCACAUUUACACUGAUUAGCAAGGUCAGUAACAAAUAGAAUGACCAACGUCAUCACUUAACAAAACCUUUCACAUGAGACAGUUUAUUGGUUUUCCAAAAGGCAGUUAAUAUUUUAAGGUACAGCUUAUAAACAAAACAAUCAUAUCUUGAUUUUUACCAAUAUGAAAAUGCUUUCUUUUAAACCAGUUCCUCAACUGGGGGGUUUUAGUCCAAUCCAGUUCCUGACACACAACCUGUCACAACUGUAACACAGUUUGCACUUGCUUUGCACCUGUGUCAACACUGGUCCAGCUGCCACCAAAUAGUUCCUUCCCUCUAACCUCUAUGAGGAUUGUGCCCAUUCACAGAAGACCUGUGGCCUCUCCUCCUCCCAUUCCUUCUGUACCUUGCUAUUCGGUUUACUUUUUCUCUUCCCUUAUGAAUCAUUCUUCUAAUCUCUAAAAGUACCUCGAUUUCCAUUCAGUUUAUGCCUGCAUACUUCUCUAUAACCUGUCAAGCAUGUAGAGCUACAUUUAAACUGGUAUUAUUUCAAGAGUCAAAACUUUGGCAAGUUAGGGUUAGGUUUAAAUUUUUUUUCACGGAGAUUAAUCAUUUAAAGGAUUUUUGUCUGCAGUAAGAUUAUAUCCACAAGUAAAUAAAAAUGUCGCUAAGUAGGCUUGAAUUGGCUCAUCAAUAAGGAUUUAGGCAUUUCCAACUUUUUAAUAUAAAUUGAGACAUCGAAUCUUUAAGCCAAAAAUAGGCUUAUUUUUCCCACUAAACAUGUAAACAGAA